AUGCCAGCCAAUUGCAUGCAACAGAUCCAGACUCAAACAACCGCACGUCGAGUACUCGUGUCCAUAGAUCAAACAGAACAGUCGAAUCAAAGAGUCCAAUGGUAUUUCAACAAUCUCAUGCAACCAAACGACCAAGUGAUCUUCGUGCACAUUAUCCAACCGAAGAGGAACAAUUCGUUGUUGGGUCUACGUUUGCCCAAAUCUCCGGUUCUCAUCGGGACACAGAUGCAAAUCUGUCGCAAAUUGUUGAACGAAGCGAAAUCACUGUGUCGAGACUAUGUGUGUCGUGCCUCAUCGAUGCACGGGAUCACGGCUCGCGCGUUUGUCUAUGUGGACAAACAACCGAGUUCCAAGUUGACUCGAGUCAUUCGAUCGCAUGGUGCAGAUUUGGUCUUGCUUACGAGUGAGGACAAACGGAUUUUGUUGAUGUACAAAUCCGAACGAAAACAAUCUGAUGUGACUGAUGAUGGUUACGAAGCUCUUCAGAUGGACUGCCCAUCCUGA